UGUUUUACUUUGGCAAAGGGUUAUUACUGUCCUCCGUGAAGCACACGCCGAGAGGACAGAGGGAUUUAACAUCUUAAUCACUGGAAAUUUGAAGAAAUGGCUGAUGCAGAAGUCAACCCCAAGGCCUACCCUCUGGCUGAUGCCACACUGAGCAAAACCAUCCUGGACCUUGUGCAGCAAGCUGCCAAUUACAAGCAGCUCCGCAAAGGGGCCAAUGAAGCCACUAAAACACUUAACCGCGGUAUUGCUGAGUUCAUCGUGAUGGCCGCAGACGCAGAGCCCCUGGAGAUCAUCCUCCACCUGCCACUGCUCUGCGAGGACAAGAACGUGCCCUAUGUGUUUGUGCGCUCCAAGCAGGCCCUGGGACGCGCCUGUGGGGUCUCACGCCCAGUCAUUGCCACUUCGGUCACCAUCAAGGAGGGCUCGCAGCUCAAGCCCCAGAUCCAGUCUACCCAGAUGGCCAUUGAGAGACUGCUGGUGUGAGCAGAGAGCUCAGGAUGGGGGUUGUAGGGUUAACAAUGGGACACCACCUGCUUUGGUCAUAUUCAGAUUUUUGUAAAUGGAACGGACUAUGAUUUAAUGUCCUGCCAGACUUAUGUACAGAAGAUUCUAUUUUGAAAUGUUGGGACAGAAUAGGUAUAUCUGAAGCGUUGGAACAAAAAUGGUUUUUGUUUUUAACAUUACUAUGUUGUAAAUGUGGCAAUUAUAUAGAGUAUAUGGGACAUCAAACUAAGCAUAGUAGAAUCAUAGCAAUUACACUUAGCUUUCCGUAUGUUGACCUUUUUCCUUCAUUUGGUACAGUUAAAGGUGGACAUGUUCAUUCCAG